UAACUUUCCUUAGCAUGCAGAGGAGUCACAAAGCAGUGUCUGAGUCACAAAGCUUUUGCGGGAGAGUUGAUCAUCAUACAGUAGUCUCUCCGGUGAUUUUAAAAGGUUUGGCUCGAAAUGACGACCCAGCAGCCCCCUCUCUCCCAGGAGAUUCUGGCUCAGUGUAACCAGCAGGCCAUGGAACCAUGGGGCUCCCGGAAGCUUCGCCAGAGCCGGCAAGGCUCCAUCUCCACCCUCCGUAGCUCCCUGUCUAGGGACCAACACAGCAGCAAGCAGCAGCAGCAGCAGCAGCAUCCCCGGUACCCUCUUCUACUCCCAAGGGGCUUCCUCCCUAUCGAGUCCUCAUCCAGGAGGCCCAAUAUCAGCAACCCAAACUCCCCUUUCAUACGCCGGGACUUGGUCGCCCUGACCAAGCGUUUUUCUUUUGGCGGUUGGCUUCAGGGCAGUCGGGCCAGUUUCUCUGGGUUGCCCCUCCAUCAGCCUGUCCAGCUAGAGAACACCUAUAAGACUGAACCAGAGAAAGGAUGUCUUUUUAAAGCCAGUAAGGUCCAGAAGCUUGUGCAAGCCAUGCUGGAUAGUUAUCUGGAUGGGGCCAGCUAUAACGCAACCUCAGGCAGCCAUCUUAGCCAGAUUCUGUCAGACAUGGUGAAGAGCAAAGUGAAAGAGAUGAGUCCUCCGCGGUACAAGCUGGUGUGUCAGGUGGUGGUGGGGCAGAACAGGAACCAGGAUCUACGAGUGGCCAGUCGCUGUCUUUGGGACUCGCAACAUGAUGACUUUGCAGUUGCCAUGUUCCAAAACCAUUCUCUUUUCACGUUGGUCAUAGUCCAUGGAGUUUAUUGUGAGUGAGUCAUACGCACUGGCAACAACUAUACUGAACAAAAAUAUAAAUGCAACAUGUAAAGUGAUGGUCCCAUGAUUCAUGAGCUGAAACAAAAGCUCCCAGAAAUGGUCCAUAGGCACAAAAAGUUUAUUUCUCUCAAAUUUUGUGCACAAAUUUGUUGACAUCAUUGUGAGCAUUUGCCAAGUUAAUCCAUCCACCUGAUAGGUGUGGCAUAUCAAGAAGCAGAUUAAAAAGCAUGAUUGUUACUCAGGUGAACCUUGUCCUGGGGACAAAAAAAGGCCUCUAAAAGUUUUCUUUCAUCUACGUGUUCGGCGUAGUAACCGACUACAGUGGGCAAAUGCUGACCUUCGAUGGCCACUAGCACGCUGGAAAAGAGUGCUCUUCACCGAUGAAUCCUGGUUUCAACUGUACCGGGCAAAUGGCAGUGUGUAUGGCUUCGUGUGAGCGAGCAGUUUGCAGAUGUCAACAUUGUUUACAGAGUGUACCAUGGUGGCGGUGGGGUUAUGUUAUGGGCAGGCCAUUUUAUCAAUGGCAAUUUGAAUGCACAGAGAUACCAUGACAAGAUCGAGGCCCAUUGUCGUGCCAUUCAUCUGCCAUCACUUCAUGAUUCAGCAUGAUAAUGCACUGUUCCAUGUCGCAAGGAUAUAUUCACAAUUCCUGGAAGCUGAAAAUGUCUAUUCUUCCACAGCCUCCAUAAUCACCAAACAUGUCAACAAUUGAGCAUGUUUGGGAUACUCUGGUGUUCCAGGUCCCGCCAAUAUCCAGCAACUUUGCACAGCCAUUGAAAAGGAACAGGACACCAUUCCACAGGCCACAAACUUCCUGAUCCACUCUAUGCAAAGUAGACGUGUCACGCUGCAUGAGGCAAAUGGUCACACCAGAAACUGACUGGUUCUCUGAUUUGCACCCCUACUUUUAUGUUUUUUUUUAUUUUAAAGGUACAAUUGAAGUCAGAAGUUUACAUACACCUUAGCCAAAUACAUUUGAACUCAGUUUUUCACAAUUCCUGACAUUUAAUCCAAGUAAGAAUUCCCUGUCUUAGAUCAGUUAGGAUCACUACUUUAUUUUAAGAAUGUGAAAAUGUCAGAAUAAUAAUAAAGAGAAUGAUUAAUUUCAGCUUUUAUUUCUUUCAUCACAUUCCUAGUGGGUCAGAAGUUUACAUACACUCAAUUAGUAUUUGGUAGCAUUGCCUUUAGAUUGUUUAACUUGGGGUCAAACGUUUCGGGUAGCCUUCCACAAGUUUUACACAAUAAGUUGGGUGAAUUUUGGCCCAUUCCUCCUGACAGAGUUGGUGCAACUGAGUCAGGUUUGGAGGCCUCCUUGCUCGCACAUGCUUUUUCAGUUAUGCCCACAAAAUUUCAAUAAGAUUGAGGUCAGGGCUUUGUGAUGGCCACUCUAAUACCUUGACUUUGUUGUCCUUAAGCCAUUUUGCCAUUUGCGACCAAGCCUUAACUUCCUGACUGAUGUCUUGAGAUGUUGCUUCAAUAUAUUCACAUAAUUUCCCCUCAUGAUGCCUACUAUUUUGUGAAGUGCACCAGUCCCUCCUGCAGCAAAGCACCCCCACAACAUGUUGCUGCCACCCCCGUGCUUCAGGGUUGGGAUGGUGUUCUCCGGCUUGCAAGCCUCAUUUUUCCUUCAAACAUAACGAUGGUCAAUAUGGCCGAACAGUUCUAUUUUUGUUUCAUCAGAUCAGAGGACAUUUCUUCAAAGGGUACGAUCUUUGUCCCGAUGUGCAAUUGCAAACCAUAGUCUGGCUUUUUUAUGUCAGUUUUCCUUGCUGAGCAGCCUUUCAGGUAAUGUCGAUAUUGGACUUGUUUUUACUGUGGAUAUAUACUUUGUACCCGUUUCCACCAGCAUCUUCACAAGGUCAUUUGCUGCUGUUCUGGAAUUUAUUUGCACUUUUCUUCACAUCAAAAUACAUUCUCUAGGAGACAGAAAUGAUCUCCUUCCUGAGUGGUAUGAUGGCUGCGUGUUCCCAUGGUGUUUAUACUUGCGUACUAUUGUUUGUACAGAUGAACGUGGUACCGUCGGGCAUUUGGAAUUUUCUCCCAAGGAUGAAUUAGACUUGGAGGUCAACAUUUUUCAUUCCCCCCCCCCCCCCCCCCAGGUACACCUCCAAUUGACUCGAAUAUGAAUUAGCCUUUCAGAAGCUUAAGCCACGACAAUUUUCUGGAAUUUUCCAAGCCUUUUUAAAGGCAGUCAAUUUAGUGUAUGAAAAUGUAUGACCCACUGGAAUUGUGAUUGUGAAAUAAUGUCUAAUCUGUCUAAACAAUUUUGAAAAAUUCCUUGCGUCAUGCAAAGUAAAUGUCCUAACCGACUUGCCAAAACUACAGUUCAAGAAAAUUGUGGAGGGGUUGAAAAACCAGUUAAUGACUCCGACCUAGGUGUAUGCAAACUGCCGACUUCAACUGUGACCAGAUACCCAUCUGUAUUUCCAGUCUUGUGGAAGCUGUAGAUUAGGGCCUAACAAAAUUCACAAGACAGAUUCUCAUAACUCAGUAAAAUCUUUGAAAUUGUUAGUUAUAUUUUUGUUCAGCGUAGAUCCAAAUUGCUGCUUAUAAGUAGGAAGUCCACCUGGAUGAACACCGAUAAAGUCCUAGUUCCUAGGGCCAGAAUAUGUCAACUCUGGUGUAUGGCAAAGACUAGUUUGAGAAUUAAUCUUGUAUUUCACCAACACCAUUGCCAAAUGUGCUUAUUGUACAAAUGUUAAGCUAAUGGGACAAAUCUUAAACUGUUGUAUUUUGAUGGAUCGGGCAAUUGUCAAAGAAUUCAAAAUGAUCAAUGUGAUUACCAUAAACUUUAUUUUCCUCCAUUCGCCCAAAUACAGUACAUAAUGAUCAUAUCACAUGUCAAGACCAUAGAAUUACACAUUAAUAAAUAAAAUAAAUAGACAACAUUUGUCAAAAAAAUAAAGGUUCUGAAAAAGCAGAUGCUUUCACAAUGUUGUAUUUUUGAAAAGACGAUACCCGGAAGUUGAAUAAUACUUGCACUCAGGGGUCACAGUUUAAGGAUACAACUCUUGGCAGACACGGCCAGCAAGGUAAACCAAGGAGGGAUGAGUACAGUAUGACGAAACGCAAUUUUACAUAUUGAUACAGGUUUAUCAUACCAUUUUACCAAACGCUUAUACCAGGUAGUGAGACUAGUGCUUCAUUUUAAUUUAACCAAUUCCAUGUAAAAAAGUAUUUGCCUCCAUAGCCCAUUUCCCAUGACACCACAACCUGACAUUCAAAGGGGCUGUUAUUGCACAAUACAGAAUUCUCAAAAAGGCACUUUAUCCCUUUUGCCAAACAGCAAUGCAAUUUAGCGAAGCUAAUUUCAACUGGAGUGCUUCACUCCUGAACACAGAAAAACAAACUAUAUUAGGGCAAUUCCACGGCAACAUAAGACAAAACAUAUUUUUGAUCUCAUAUUGUUCUGGCACUUCUCAGAGA